UUCAGUUUCGCCAUAUCCACACCCAAACUACCAUGCUCCCUUCCUCCAUCGGACCCUCCUCAUGGGCUACUCAAUCACCUCACCGCCGCCUAUUCCCCGCCACAUCCACAUUCUCUCCCAACACCAACACACACGACCCGACCCGAAACCGCUCCGCUUCAACUUGACCCGCCGCUCUCUCCUCUUGUCCACGACCACCUCUCUCUCCAUCUCCACUGCUACAGCCACCGCUGCCACGACGCCUCCGCCGCCGGACACCACUGUGACCGACCGGGUAUUCAUGGACUUCAGCCUCUGCCCAAACUAUUUCCGACCCGAAAGAACCUUCGCUGAUGACAUCACCUCACUCUGCUCCGAAUCCGUACUCCUGGGUCGGGUCGUCCUCGGCCUCUACGGCCGAGUCGUUCCUCUCACCGUCGCUAAUUUCAAGUCAAUGUGCACCAAUACGACGUCGUCUUCGUCUGCGUCCACCUAUAAGGGCACUUUGGUCCACAAGGUUUUCCCUGGUCAGUUCCUUCUCGCCGGCCGCCAAGGCGACAAGCCCGGUGAGGUUCGUCGCCCCAUGGGGUUGACCAGAAACGCUGAGACUGUGGACUCCAAAUCCUUCACUCUGACCCACUCCAAGCCUGGUCUACUCUCGCUCUGCCUAUCCGAAAACGACGACGACGAGGAUAUCAAGCUCGACCCAGAAUACCGCAACGUCGAGUUUUUGAUCACCACCGGCCCUGGACCUUGCCCCGAGCUCGAUUACAAGAACAUUGUCUUCGGUUCAGUACUUGAAGGUUUGGAUGUGGUGACGGCCAUUGCUGCCAUACCCACUUACAAACCAGCUGAAAGGAUCAGGCAAUUCAACGAUUUGGCUGAGUUUUUUGGGGACGAAAGAGCUCAGAAUGCACGUUCGAGCUGGAACAGGCCUCUUAAGACUAUUUUUAUCAGUGACUGUGGAGAAGUCAAAGUGACAAAGCCUUCACUUUCUCCUCCUAGUCUACCUUAACACCAUACCAUUCAUUAUUAUUUCAAAUUUCCCCAUAGUGGUAACAAUGCUUCUUGCCUUUGUCCAUAUUUUUAUUGUUUUGUAUAUCUUUCUUGAGAAAAGGAUUUUGUUCUACUGAGUUUAAUGCAUGAAGAAAAGAAAGAAAAAUAUAAACCAGAGUUCAAUAUUGUAA